AUGGAGGGCGCUAUAUUGGCUCGCCAGGCCGCUGCCAAGUCUUCCGCGGAAGAGUUCCUGGAACUCAUCCAGAAUCCAUUCAGCGCUGCAUUCCAACUCAAUGCCUUCUGGGCUUCGUUUGGUACAUCCUUGGGACUGACGAUUGUCCUUGCCUUAUGCUUUUCCUUUGUCCGCCCCCGCAACUCGCUGGUCUACGCGCCUAAAAUAAAACAUGCGGACCGGAAGCAUAGCCCUCCUCCCGUGGGGAAGGGUCUGUUAGCUUGGCUCACCCCUGUUAUACAAACGAAGGAGAGCAACCUCGUCGAUUGCAUUGGCCUUGAUGCCACAGUGUUCUUGCGCUUCACCAGAAUGUGCCGUAACAUGUUCCUGGUGCUGAGCGUUAUCGGCUGCUUGGUGAUGAUUCCUGUCAACGUUUCGCAGAGCUCCUCGCCUGCUGGUAUUAGUGCCUUCGCAACUAUGACUCCGCAGUUUGUCUCAACUCGUGCAAUGUGGAGUCAUGUCGUUUGCCUCUGGAUCUUUGAUGUUGUCGUCGCCUACUUUUUGUGGCGGAAUUAUAAGGCUGUUUCCGCCUUGAGACGCCAUUAUUUUGAAAGCUCUGACUACCAAAAGUCUCUUCAUGCUAAAACCCUUUUGAUCAGACAUGUACCGCCCGAUUUCAGGACAGAUGACGGCCUCCUACGCUUGGUGGACGACAUCAACCCGACAUCUUCAGUGCCUCUUACUUCGAUUGGUCGCAACAUGAAGCAACUACCAAAACUCAUCGCAGAGCAUGAAAAGACAGUUAGACAGCUUGAAGAAGUGCUUGCCAAAUACUUCAAAAAUCCAGAUCGAUUGCCUGUCAAACGCCCCACAUGCCGUCCUUUCAAAGCAGAUCAGGCGACUCGUGGCUCUGACAGAAUCGACGCCAUCGACUACCUCACAGCCCGCAUUGGAGACCUCGAGGCCGAGAUCAAGCACGUUCGUGAGUCGAUCAAUACCGUGAACGCUAUGCCCUAUGGGUUCGCAAGCUGGGAAUCCAUCGAAGCCGCCCAUUUUGUAGCUUAUACUGCUCGAAACAAGCACCCAAGAGGCUCCUCAAUUACUCUUGCUCCACGGCCUAAUGAUAUCAUUUGGGAAAACCUCGCACUUUCAAGAAAGAGCAGGAAAUGGAAACGCAUAAUCAAUUUUUUCUGGUCUACUGUACUUACUGUAUUGUGGAUCGCACCUAACGCUCUAAUUGCCGUUUUCUUAUCCAAUCUGUCCAACUUGGGCAAAGUCUGGCCCCCAUUUCGUAAAGAGCUUUACGCGAAUCCCAAGACCUGGGCUGCGGUGCAAGGUAUUGCAGCUCCAGCGGUGACAUCCUUUGUCUAUCUGGUCUUACCCAUUAUAUUCCGGCGCCUCUCAAUCCGGGCGGGUGACAUCACGAAAACAUCGCGGGAGUGCCAUGUCAUCCAUAGCUUAUACGCUUUCUUCGUCUUUAACAACUUGGUGGUAUUUUCGAUAUUUUCAGCAAUUUGGACGUUUGUGGCUACGGUGAUCGAAGCCAAAAACAACAACGACGACACUUGGGAUGCGAUCUUGAAGGGGCAAUUUUUUUUCCAGGUCGCGACAGCCCUUUGCAACGUCUCCCCAUUUUGGGUCACCUGGAUCUUGCAGAGAAACCUUGGCGCCACCCUUGACCUGCUUCAGAUCUUCAACUUGACAUGGAUCUGGUUUGCCAAGAGAUUUUUGACGACGACUCCCAGACAGGCUAUCGAAUGGACUGCGCCGCCCCCAUUUCAAUUCGCGAGUUAUUACAAUUACUUUCUGUUCUAUGCGACGAUAGCUCUCUGCUUCUCGACCCUGCAGCCAAUCAUCCUCCCCGUUACCGCACUUUAUUUCGCACUGGAUUCCUGGCUCAAGAAGUACCUUCUCCUCUAUGUGUUCGUCACCAAAACCGAAUCCGGCGGCCAAUUCUGGCGUGUCCUCUUCAAUCGUCUUGUCUUCGCAGUAAUCCUCGCCAACUUCGCAAUUGCGUUAGUCGUCAAAGCCAAGGGAACCUGGACAAUGGUCUUUUGUUUAGUCCCCCUCCCUUUCCUAAUGCUCGCGUUCAAAUGGUUCUGCAAACGAUCCUUCGACGAUAGCUUAACGUACUAUAGCCGCCGGAUACCCACUGAUGCAGAGUCCCUCUCCGCUGGACAAGGCGGAAAGAAAGCCUCUGAACGAAUCGCGUCCAAAUUUGGUCAUCCAGCACUCUACAAGCCCCUUAUGACUCCAAUGGUCUUUGCCAAGGCCGCUGGUAUGCUGGAGAAGAACUUCCAACCGAGACAAGGUGGUGACACAUCAGGCAUUAGUCAGAGCUCAGAUAUAGCGUUGCAGAAGAUGUCCUCGAAAGAGCCGGGCCGAACAUCGAGUUCUCCGCAUGAUGCGCCCUUUGAAGUAAUCCCGGAGAACCAACUUGACUUCUCAUACUUCAAGGAUCGGCCCGAUUUCCGCGACGAGUUCGGUGGCGGCAUCUACGGCCGGCCGGAUGAUUUGAUAAAUGAGCGCUCCCACACGCCCCGCAACUUCUUUAACAACGGUUUUGAUUCCCCAGGCCCCUCGCGGGCCUCAUCACCAGUGCGACAUUCGAACGGAGCAUGGGUACAAGGGAAUGGACCUGCAAUGCGGCCCAGCGGCCGUAUGUACGUCCAGCCAUUCGAUAGCCAAGGUCCACCACCUCCAGUUCCUCACGGUCCGGUAAACCCUGAGUAUCGAUCGGGGGAUGAUAAUGCAGAAUUUCAUUCUGGGGCGACAGCGGAUAACGAGAGCGAGCGGGCGCUUCUGAGUAACGACGAGGCUCGCCCUGUUCAACAUUCUGCUGACAUUGCGUCGAAUGGUAGGUGGGAGAAUCGUCGAUCGAGGGGUCCACGUGGGUUGCCGCGAACGCGCGGGGGUUAUGAAGAUACGUCUUAUGAGACGUAUCGGGGUGUGCAGUAUUAA